AUGACCCAGCCAGAGGUGAGCCCUCUUGGCCCCACGGCCGAUGACGUCACCGGUCUAAUCGUCCUGCGUGGUCUUCAGGACCAAUCCAGAACAUGCGCACUCGAGCGGUUAGAGUUCUCGACUUGCCGAGUACUCGAGCAACUACCCGUGGAUAGAAAGUUGCACGAGGGAGUGCCUAACCAGCCGAGGCCUGUGCCCAACGCCAUCUAUGCCGCGGUGCCCUUCCAGCCUUUGUCGAAGCCUCAGACU